AUGCAGCCCGAGCACAAGUACCGGGUGAGGGCAGCAGUGGAAGGAGGCUUCUGUAUCCCCACCCUUACCCAUUCCCUCCUUCCCCGUCCUUCCCACCAUCACCCCCUCCCCCCUUCUUUCAUGCAGCCAGAGCAUAAGUAUCGGGUGAGGGCAGCAGUGGAGGGCGGAUUUUGCCUCACUACUACCCCUGCCUUCUCCCUCGCACCACAACCGGCUCCCUCUUUCCAAACCCCCCUGACUUCAUGCAGCCCGAGCAUAAGUAUCGGGCGAGGGCAGCAGUGGAAGGGGGCUACUGUGUUCCUCCCACCCGCAAUCAUCCCCUCCCUCUUUGGAACGUUUCUUUCAAACCCCCCUUCGUUUGUGCAGCCAGAGCACAAGUAUCGGGUGAGGGCAGCAGUGGAAGGCGGAUUCUCGUUCUGCAGCGAUCUGGCUCCCACCAAUGGCGUGGGCGGCACUGCUCCCACCCCCAUGGACUAUGCAGCAGCAGCACUCGCCAUCCCCAUGGACUAUGCAGCAGCAGCAGUCGCCAUCAGUCUGACAGUGGCAGUGCGCAUGGCAGUGGAGGCAGUGCGCAUGGCAGUGGAGGCAGUGCAGGCAGUGCGCAUGGCAGUGGAGGCAGUGCGCAUGGCAGUGGAGGCAGUACGCAUGGCAGUGGAGGCAGUGCGCAUGGCAGUGGAGGCAGUGCGCAUGGCAGUGGAGGCAGUGCGCAUGGCAGUGGAGGCAGUGCGCAUGGCAGUGGAGGCAGUGCGCAUGAAAGUGGUUCCCUGCUCCCUGCCCCGGGUGCACCGCCACCACUAUCAGGACUCAUAUGUCCCUUCUCUUUCCUUCCUCCCACCCUUCAUGCGCCCCUUCAAACUAGCACAGAAGCUGCCACUCUCGCGAAGGAUCACGAGAACCAACUUUCCAUCUCUCUCCCUGUUUCCCUUCCCCUCCUUCUCCCACAGUACGCAGACAGAAAGCAGUGGCCGCUAA